AUGGCCUUCCGUGUCCCCACCUGCAACGUGUCAGUUGUGGAUCUGACCUGCCGCCUGGAGAAAGCUGCCAAAUAUGACGACAUCAAGAAGGUAGUGAAGCAGGCAUUAGAGGGCCCCCUGGGCUACACUGAGGACCAGGUUGUUUCCUGUAACUUCAACAGUGACACCCACUCUUCCACCUUCGACACUGGGGCUGGCAUUGCCUUCAAUGACCACAUUGUCAAGCUCAUUUCCUGGUGUGACAAUGAAUUCGGCUACAGCAACCGGAUGAGGCUUUUAGAAAGUAUCCGGGAGGCCACGGGCUUCAGGAUUUCAGCAGCAGGGGAAAAGCGUUUUGAAGCCCUAGGCCGCAGCCUGAACGUAGGAAUUGCUAAGAAAGUGAUGUUUAAUUACAAAAAAAUCAGCACAGAUUUUCAGUGGGGAAACUGUUUUGCAAACCUGCGAGGUGAACCUGUAAAGGAACAUGUUAACGGCUGA